AAGAUGCUUUUUUUAAAAAAUAUACUUUACAUUUAAAACAUCAAAUAUAGGAUCCCUUUAAAAAAAAAAAAGCCCUGUAACGUAUCAAUGCGAACUCCUUGUAUAUAUUUAGGACUAAGAUUUGGUGACUUGGCGAAAGAGGAGCGGGCUGGAAAUUGGGAGAGCUGGGUUAUCCCACUCUCCUGGCGAAGACAAUGCCUUUGGGCCUACGUCUCCUCGCAGUUCCACUAAGUUGUGAGGAUGACAGUGGUUACUGUUUACUGAACAUUUUAUCCUUUCGAAGUGUUACUAAACAUUUUAUCCUUUCAUCGAUGACGUACACAUUUAAUAGACAUCUGUCCUGUGCAGCAGAUAGUAUUACCCCGUUUAUAAAGGUGGAACAUGGGGGCCAGCAUUGUGGCAUAGCAGGUAAAGCCAGCAACUACAGUGCUGGCAUCCGGGCACUGCCAGGAGCUUCUUCUGGGUCUCCCAUGUGAGUGCAGGGGCCCAAGGACUUGGGGCAUCUUCCACUGUUUUCCCAGGCCAUAGCAGAGAGCUGGAUCAGAAGUGGAGCAGCCAGGACUCAAACCAGUGCCCAUAUGGGAUGCUGGCAGUGCAGUUGGAAGCUUUACCUGCCAUGCCACAGCGCUGGCCCCACAUAUAACACAAUCUUGGCUUCUAGGAGUCUUUGUGACCUCCGUAAUCUAUAAUUCUUAAAAAAUAUUUAUUUACUUAUUUGAAUGGCAGAGUGACAGAAAGAGGGAGAGAGGCAAAGGAGGUCUUACAUCCAUUGGUUCACUCCCCAAAUGGCCACAACAGCCAGGGCUGGGCCUGGCCAAAACCAAGAGGCUAGAACUCCAUCCUGGCGUCCCACAGAGAUGCUGAGGCCCAAGCACUUAUGCCAGCUUUCCCUGCCCUCCCAGGCACAUUAGCAGGAAGUUGGAUUGGAAACCAAGUAGCUGGCUUGCCAAGUGUAUUAAUAGGAAGCUGGUUUGGAAGCAGAGUAUCCAGGAGUCAAACUGACACUGAUAUGGGAAGCCUGGCAUCAGAAGCAGCAGCUUAACCAGCUUCACCACAGCACCAGCUCCAGUAAUCUGUGUUUUUUAUUUAAGUAUAGCUGGUUGUUAAAAAUUCUUUAUUCGACAGAUGGUAUGAAUAGAUUUUUAAUUUAGGAGACAACUACUGUAACAUCUUCACUGACUGUUACUCAGUUUUAAAAGGAAAAGCUAUGGGGCUGGUGUUAGGGCACAGCAGGUUAAGCCAGUGCCUGAAACACUGGCAUUGCAUGUGGCUGCUGGUUCAUAUCCUGGCUGCUCCACUUCCUGUCCAGCUCCUAGCUAGUGUGCCUGGGAAAGCAGCAGAAGAUGGCCCAAGACCUGGAUGAAGCUCCUGUCUCCUGGCUUCUGGCCAGUCCAGCCCUAGCCAUUGUGGCCAUUUGGAGAGUGAACCAGCACAUGGAAGAUCCCCCCCCCCCCACUCUCUCACUCUGCCUUUCAAAUAAAUAAAUCUUCAAAAGAAAAGAAACUUCAGUACAAUGAAGCUGUCCUGUCCCACAUUUAAUAACAGAAUGAUAAAUACUGGAAAACUUUCAUACUUUUUUUUAAAAAAAGGUUUAUUUAUUUAUUUUUGACAGGCAGAGUUAGACAAAGAGAAAGGUCUUCCUUCUGUUGGUUCACCCCCCAAGUGGCUGUUACGGCUGGCACACUGCGCCUAUCUGAAGCCAGGAGCCGGGUGCUUCCUCCUGGCCUCCCAUGCGGGUGCAGGGCCCAAGCACUUGUGCCCUCCUCCACUGCCUUCCCGGGCCACAGCAGAGAGCUGGGAUAGAAGAGGAGCAACCUGGUGCCCCAACCAGGACUAGAACCCAGGAUGCCGGUGCUGCAGGCAGAGGAUUAGCCAAGUGAGCUGCUGCGCUGGCCUUAUUUAUUUAUUUGAGAGGUAGAGUUACAGAGAGUGAGAUGUAGAGACAGAGAGAAAGGUCUUCCUUCCAUUGGUUCACUCCCCAAAUGGCCUCAAUGGCUGCAGCUGCGCCGAUCCAAAGCCAGACGCCAGGAGCUUCUUCCCAGUCUCCCACGUGGGUGCAGGGGCCUAAGGACUUGGGCCAUCUUGUACUGCUUUCCCAGGCCAUAGCAGAGAGCUGGAUGGGAAGAGGAGCAGCUAGGACUAGAACCCUUGCCCAUAUGGGAUGCCAGCGCUGCAGGCAGAGGAUUAACCUACUGCCCCACAGUGCCGGCCCCAAAACUUUCAUACUUUAUAGAAAUUAUCAUGGACAAUGGUAGAAGUGGUAUAACUUGUAAAAUACAUUUAUGCCUUUACAGUCCAAGUAUUCUUUAGUUCUGGUAAAGAGUUUUAACAUUAAUAGUACAUUAUUAAAGUGUACUUGUAUGUCAAGGUUGUAGUAUAAAAAUAUUACAAUGACUGCUUUUUUCUUUAGGUCAUUACAAAGGAAAUGUUGAUGCAUCUAAGGAUAAAGGAUAUUGAGACAUCUUACAAGUAGAAUUAGGUUGAGCAUCCCUAAUCCGAAAACCUGAAAUCUGAAAAGCUCCAAAUGUGCAACUUUUUGAGCACCAACCUGAUGGCACAAGUGGAAAAUUCCACACCUGACCUCAUGUGACAGGUUGCAGUCAAAAUUCAAGUGUACAAUGCACAGUUUAUUCAGGAUGCCCAAGGGGGAGAAUGAUCCUCCCAGCCCUGUCAGCUGUGAUAAGUCUUUUUCACACAUACAGAUUUCCCCACAAAAGUACAUCCACAGAGGGUUAUAAAAUGACAUGUGUGCCAGCCAGGUGCACCAACAGCGGGUUCCCUGCUAUGCUCCACAUGAGGUCGAGACCUAUGUGAAUUAUUCACUGUAUGUUUUUUUGCUUAUUGUCCACUCUGUGGUGUAAAGAUAUUGUUGAAAAUGUCAAAAAGGCCUGCAGAUAUUCCUGUGACUACUAGUAAUAAGAAAAAGAGGAAGCAUUUGUGUUUAUCUAUAGCACAAAAAGUCAAGCUGUUGGAGAAACUGGACAAGGGUGUAAGUGUGAAACGUUUGACAGAAGAAUAUGGUGUUGGAAUGACCACCAUAUAUGAUCUGAAGAAACAGAAGGAUAAGCUGUUGAAGUUCUAUGCUGAAAGUGAUGAACCAAAGUUAAUGAAAACUAGAAAAACACUGCAUAAAGCUAAAAAUGAAGAUCUAGAUCGUGUAUUGAAAGAGUGGAUUCGUCAGCGUCGCAGUGAACACAUGCCUCUUAAUGGCAUGCUGAUCAUGAAACAAGCAAAAAUUUAUCAUGAUGAACUGAAAAUUGAAGGGAACUGUGAAUAUUCAACAGGCUGGUUGCAGAAAUUUAAGAAAAGACAUGGCAUUAGAUUUUUAAAACUUUGUCGUGAUAAAGCAUCCAGUGACCACAAAACAGAGAAAUUAAUUGAAGAAGUGGAUGUGGAAGAAGAUUUUAACGUCAAUAGUAAGGCUCCAGCUGUUCAUUCAUUGGCUGAUGGUGAAAUGGCCAAAAUGAUUCUGAAUCAGUGUGACCGUGAUAACAGUGAUGAUGGAGAUGAUGUUGGUAACGCUGCAGAAAAAGUACCUCUAGACGACAUGGUGAAAAUGUGUGAUGGGCUUAUUGAAGGACUAGAGCAGCGUGCAUUCAUAACAGAACAAGAGAUCAUGUCAGUUUAUAAAAUCAAAGAGAGACUUUUACGACAAAAGCUAUUGUUAAUGAGGCAGAUGACUCUAGAGGGAACAUUAAAAAAAGUCACCCAACAGAAUACCUCUUCAUCCCUGGAGGACCCGAGUCCUGGUACCUCAACUGCUCCUGAUGUUUCUUCUCAUCUAAAAACAAUAAAACAGAAUGUACAGUAACCUUUCAGUCAAACACGGAAGCAUAUGUAGAGACUCUCAGAUGACUGUUCUUUGUUAUUACUAUUAUUUGGCAGCUGAUGUAGAUUUUUUGGUGAUGCUAAUGUGCUACUUGGUUACCUUGGACAUAUUUUUCACAGUAUUAAUGGGAUGUCAUAUUUUUUAUUGUUAAGUGCUUAUAUGAGAAUAAAUGUAAGAAUAUGAUUGCUUAUUGGUAGUAUGUAAAGUCAAGAAUGAUAGUGACAGCAAGAAACCAAAGAUUAUCCACAUGAGUAGCUGAGGUAGUGAAACCUUUGCUUUCUGAUGGUUUAAUGCAAAAUUAAUAUAAAGUUACCUCUAGGUUAUGUAUAUAAGGUAUAUAUAAAAUAUAAAGGAAUUUCAUAUUUAAA